AUGGGUUCAAAGUUUCAUGCUUUUAUGUUCCCAUGGUUUGCUUUUGGUCACAUGACUGCAUUCAUGCAUCUUGCUAACAAACUAGCUGAGAAAGGGCACAAAAUCACUUUCUUGUUGCCUAAGAAAGCUUUGAAGCAACUCGAACCUCUUAAUCUGUUUCCAAAUCGCAUCUUCUUUCACACUAUUACCAUCCCUUCUGUGGAUGGCCUCCCUCCUGGCGCCGAGACAACCGCGGAUAUACCAAUCACGUUAGGGAGUUUCCUCGCCUCGGCUAUGGAUCGCACACGUGAUCAGGUAGAAAAAGCGGUUAUUAUCGGUAAGCCGGAUCUGAUUUUCUUCGAUUUUUCUCCCUGGAUUCCAGAAAUAGCUAGAGAGUAUGGAGCCAAGAGUGUGCAUUACGCAACGGUUUCCGCAGCAUGUGUGGCUAUCUCAUUUGUCCCUGGUCGUAGUCCAGAUGAGUUAGCUCUUCCUCCACCGGGAUAUCCUUCGUCAAAGGUGUUGCUUCGCGGACAAGAAACCAACUCCUUGUCGUUCCUCUCCUAUCCGUUUGGGGAUGGAACUACGUUUUACGAACGGAUCAUGACAGGGCUUGCAAACUGCGAUGUCAUUUCGAUAAGGACUUGCCAAGAAAUGGAAGGAAAAUUCUGCGACUUCGUCGAAAGCAAAUUUAAACGAAAAGCUCUCUUGACUGGUCCAAUGCUUCCUGAGCCGGACAAAGGUUUACCACUAGAGGAUCAAUGGGCUCACUGGUUAAGCCAGUUCGAACCAAGAUCAGUAGUAUACUGUGCAUUGGGCAGCCAAAUCGUUCUUGAAAAGGAACAAUUCCAAGAGCUAUGUUUAGGAAUGGAGCUGACAGGUUUACCAUUUCUUGUAGCUGUAAAGCCACCAAAAGGCUCAUCGACAAUUCAAGAAGCCUUACCAGAAGGGUUUGAAGAGCGUGUUAAGGGACGCGGAGUGGUUUGGGGAGGAUGGGUGCAACAGCCAUUGAUAUUGGCUCAUCCAUCAACAGGCUGCUUUGUGAGCCAUUGCGGGUUCGGGUCAAUGUGGGAGUCUUUAGUGAAUGACUGUCAGAUAGUGUUUGUUCCACAUUUGGGUGAACAGAUACUUAACACUAGACUGAUGAGCGAUGAACUAGAGAUCUCGGUGGAGGUGAAAAGAGAGGAAACAGGAUGGUUUUCGAAGGAAAGCUUGAGCGGUGCGAUAAGGUCUGUGAUGGAUAAAGACAGCGAGCUAGGGAACCUGGUGAGGAGGAACCAUGCCAAAUGGAAGGAGUCGCUGGUUAGAACUGGACUACUGAGUGGUUAUGCUGAUAGGUACGUAGAAGCAUUAGAGACUCUUGUCUAG